GGGAAAAAGAAGAGAACAAGCCUAUCAGAUGAGGAGAAGAACGUAAAGUGGAAUGAGGUGCUGGAGUUCAAGUUGAAAGGAAAUCCUCUUGAUGCCAAAUCCUCUCUUCAGAUUCACCUGAAAGGCAAAGACAAAGUUGGAAAGGGCAGGUUCCUAGGAUCCGUCAAUGUCCGGCUCGCCAAUCUAGUUGGGGAGAGGAGCAGAAAUAUAUCUUUUGUCAAAGUCCCUCUGCUGGAUAAGAAGAAGCAAAAAACGAAGAACCUGCUCAGCUUUGAAAUCGUCUAUGAACCACCCCUCGUCAAUAAAAAAGAAACGAAAGAAGGGAAGCCAGGCCAUCCAGAACAGGAUGACACCAUUAAUGUUCCCAGAUUACAGGAGAUCCCACUGAGGUCUCAAUCACCAUCGCCAGAAAAUGCCUCCGUUAGGGGAACUGCCAAGUUCGCGCAGAAAGUUUCUGAUAAACCACAGGACUUCCAGGUUCGAGUCCGGAUUAUUGAGGGCCGUCAGCUGCAGGGUGCCAACAUCCGGCCCGUGGUGAAGGUCUACGUAGGCGACACCGUUUUCCGGACCAGAAUCAAACGGGGUAACAACCCUAUCUUCGACGAGCUUUUCUUCCAGAAUUUUCAUAAACCCCCAAGUGAGGUUUUCAACACACUUAUACACCUGCAGGUAUUAAAUUCGCACUCACUUCGAGCUGAUUCCAUGAUCGGUGUAUUCAAGCUGGAUAUCGGCUCUGUCUAUGAUCUUCCAGAUCACGCAGUGUUACGAAAGUGGUUACUCCUGUACGAGCCAGAUGAUGUGCAGUCCAUGGCCAAAGGCUACCUGAAAGUCAGCAUCAUCAUCCUGACAGCGGGGGACGAAGCACCGAUAGACAAGAGAGGGACAAAUGAAGAGGAUGAUGUUGAGAGUAACCUACUGCAGCCAGCAGGCAUCCUUUCCCGAUGGGUCACCUUUGAGGUGAAGAUCUAUCGAGCGGAGGACAUCUCGCACAUGUCCAAAGGGCUGAUGUCGAACUUGAAGCACGUGUUCGGGGGAGACAGGGAUAAGGAAGGUGUCGACUCAUUUCUGGAAGUUAGUUUCGCCGGCAGAAAGGUGAGCCGCGCGCAACCCUUCGUGGUGGGCCACCCAGUGGUGCACUGGCUUUGGACAGUGAGCUGCAGGGGUCAGGAGAGAGUGGAGUUGGAAUCCUCCUGCGCCGCCCCAGUUUUUCUGAAGGGUGAGGGAGUAUCUGAGACAACAUGGGCAAACCCCACUCUCUUCCACCUGCAGCCAGUAUCAAAAGCAAACCUCCUCAGCCAGUACAGACAGCCUCUCGAGCCACUCUUCAACUUCAGGCAGCUUUUCCUUCACAUUGAUGUUUCUGUCUCUCAGCUUCUCUGCCGACUUCCUGAUCUUCUUAAGCAGCAAAACCUGCUGGUCAUACAGCUGCUGAUCGAGGGCAGUCACUUGAGGAAGCCUUUUCAACGGUGGCAGGGAGCGACUGCAACAAACAGGGCAAGCAAAGAGUACCAAUCAGGGUCAUUCACCAUUGGGUCACCACCAAGUGAUGAAGCGUCAAUAUCUACAAAGCCAAAAUCUGCAGUUUCUUUGUCUCGAACUGUGUUCAUGAAGCAACCACUGGACAAGUCCCAAAACCAGAGGACUGUCGCUCAGCUCCGAGUGCGGAUCUGGAUGGGCCUGUCUACUGACGAAGAGGAGUUUGAAAAGUACAUCGAUGGGAAAAUUUUAGUCGCUGCAGAAAGAUAUGAAAACCAGGCGCGGGUCAUGGGCCACUGGGGCACCAGUGGGUUGCUGCAGCAUCCAGCGUUCUCCGAUGCGUCGGGUAAAAUAAGGCUGUCGAGAAAGGACUUCUACCCUCUCCGGGGCUGGCAGUGGGACGGAAAAUGGACCAUCGACCCUGAGCGGUGUUUGUUGUUUGACGCUGAUGCAGGCCACAAUGAAUUCACUGACGAAGUUUACGAGAAUGAAACCCAUUUGGCUGGAGGGGAAUGGAGCCCAGCCUUGGAACAGUGGACAGACAAAAAAGGGAAUAGACACUUGCCAGUGGAAGAGAUUGAAUGCCCUGUUGGGUGGGAAUGGAAGGAGGACUGGAUAGCAGAUCUUUAUCGGGCAGUGGAUGAACAUGGAUGGGAGUAUGGAAAGGCUGUUCCACCAGAGACGAUGCCAAGGCACUGGAACCCCACGGAGAAAGCCUACCACACAAACCGGCGACGACGGUGGAAGCGCGAGCGCAUGAGGAAGCCUGAUCGCUCUCGCCAGAUGAAGAGAGAAGAGAUUGAUCAGGAUGGCUGGGAGUACGCCCCUCUGUUUGGCUGGAAGUUCCACAUAAAACAGAACAAGGGAGACAUUUACCGCCGCAGGCGCUGGAGAAGACGACUAAUCCCCAAGGAGCAGAUGGGCCCGGCGGCCAUUUUCAGGCUGGAAGGCUCUUUGUGUCGGGAAAGCAGUGAGGUGCACCUAGAGGAUCUUGAGGAACAGGAGAAGCCUGUUGGCCAUCAGGAACUUUACGGGAUGACUGCGCCCUUUAUAUCUUGCAUUCUGGACCCACCCAAUGCCUUCCAGUUUCGUGGCUACAUUUAUCAGGCAAGAGGUUUGCUCCCCACUGAUAUCAGCAGCUCUGCAGACCCUUACAUUCAAGUGUCACUCCUGCACCAGAGCAAACGCACAGACAUUAUCAGAGGGACUCUGAACCCUAUCUGGGACCAGACGCUGAUUUUUGAGGAGGUGGAAAUCUACGGCAAUCUGAGGGAAGUAGUUGAGUGCCCACCUUUUGUCUCGCUGGAACUCUUUGACAGUAACCGUGCAAGCAAACACGAAUAUUUGGGUGCUGCCCUGUGCUUCCCGAGUGUGAGGCUAGACUCAACGGCACAGUACGUCUCGGCUCUCCAGUGGCAUCCUGUCUUCCGGGGAGAACGGUUCAGUGGCGAGCUGCUGGUUUCCUUUGAACUACUCAUGAAGCAGAGAGAUGGGGAUCAGAAUUUACCUCCGCGACCGCCAAUGAGAGACUCCGAAUCGUACAUGGUGCCUCUGGGAGUCAGGCCGCAGCUGCAGUUGAGCACGAUUGAGAUCCUUGCCUGGGGAUUGAGAAACAUCAAAAACUACAAUAUGAUGAAGGUGACAAGUCCCAGCCUGGUGGUGGAGUGCAAUGGCGAGACAAUUCAAACAGCGCCCAUCAAAAACUACAAGAAAAACCCAAACUUUCCAAACCCGAUCUACUUCCUCACAGUGUUUCUCCCUGUAGAUUCCAUCUACAGCCCUCCCAUUGUGCUGAAGGUGCUGGAUUAUCGACCGUUCGGGUACAAACCAGUGGUCGGGCAGACGACAGUGAAAUCUCUCAGCGAGUUUAUGUGCGAUCCUUUCGCUGGCUCACUCGAAACUGAAGAUGUCGCAAUGAUGUCAAACAAGAGUUUUCAUGUGGAAACACCCAACAUUGAGAGUACAGCUGCAGAGGAUGCUCAGAAAUCAGAACAGGAAGCCACGGAAGGGCUGCUCGAAGAUGACACCAUUGACUGGUGGUGUAAGUUCUAUGCCUCGUCAGGGGAGCAUGACGAUUACACAGACUAUCUGUUGCAGGGGUAUGACACAAUCAAGAUUUACCCAUGUCCCCUGGAAGAUAUACCUCAGUUUAAGGGGCUGCAGGAUUUCUGCCACACCUUCAAACUGUACCGGGGGAAAGUGUACGGGGAUAUCGAGGAUCCGAUGGUUGUAGGCGAAUUUAAGGGUUCGUUUCGGAUCUACCCUCUGCCAGAAGAUCCAGCAAAGCCUGUGCCCCCUCCACAGUUCCGCCAGCUGCCCUCGAGCGAGCCGCAGAUCUGUUUAGUCAGAGUUUACAUUGUCCGCGCGCUCAGCCUCCAGCCGAAGGAUCGCUCCGGGACAUGUGAUCCCUACAUUAAAAUCUCGCUUGGCAAGGAGACCAUCGAUGAUCGUGAGCAUUACAUUGCUAAUAAUCUCAACCCUGUCUUUGGCAAAAUGUUUCAGCUGUACGCCACUGUCCCGCUGAAUAAAGAUCUCAAGGUGUCUGUGUACGACUACGAUCUAGUCUCCCAGGAUGACAAAAUCGGAGAGACGGUGAUCGACUUGGAAAACCGGUACCUGUCACGGUUUGGAGCGCGUUGUGGCCUGCCCAGGACCUACUGCAUAUCAGGCUCGACACAAUGGCGUGAUCAGCUAACCCCGAUAGAGCUGCUGAAAAACCUGAGCACCAUGAAGAACUAUGCCCUGCCUGUCAUUCGAAACAACGGGCAAAAGAUAACCAUCGGCGAGAAGGAGUUUUCUCUGGAUGACUUUGAGCCGAGGAAACUUCCUUACAGCUUCCCUGGUCCCCCAGAAGAACGACUCGCUCUCCACAUUCUGCGACUGCAAAAUCUGGUGCCAGAACACGUGGAAACCCGGACUUUGUUCAACAGCACUCAACCAGGAAUUGAGCAGGGGAAACUGCAAAUGUGGAUCGACAUCUUUCCAAAGAAGUUGGGUCUCCCUGGUCCACCCUUUAACAUCACCCCUCGGGGUCCUGUCCGGUAUGUUCUGCGCUGUAUAGUCUGGAACACGAGCGACGUAGUUCUGCAGGAAACCAAUAUAAUGGGCGAAAGGAUGAGUGAUAUAUAUAUUAAAGGUUGGAUGGUUGGGUUGGAGGAGCAGAAACAGAAUACUGACGUGCACUACAGGUCACUAGAUGGAGAGGGCAACUUCAACUGGAGGUUUAUUUUCCAGUUUGAAUAUUUAACAGUGGAGCGAGUCCUUGUCAUCAACAAGAAGAACUACAUUUGGAGCUUGGAUGAGACAGAGAUGAAGAUGCCUCCUAAGCUAAUUCUCCAACUUUGGGACAACGAUAAAGUGUCUUUUGAUGACUACUUAGGCUACCUUGAGAUUAAUCUGAACGCCUUCCGGUGCCCAACAAAGUGGGCGGAUAACUGCACAUUGGAGAAGUUCUUUAAGCUGGAGGACUCCUCGUCUGACAGCUUGCAGAAGAUGAUUUCCCUCUUCAAGCAGAAGAGUAUUAAAGGCUGGUGGCCGUGCGUCACAUAUGAAGAGGGCAAACCUCAUUUGACAGGAAAACUGGAAUUGACCCUGGAAUUGCUGACGGAACGUGAAGCUGAAGAGCGGCCAGCCGGGAAGGGAAGAGAUGAGCCUAAUAUGAAUCCCAGACUGGAACCUCCAAACCGGCCAGAUACCUCCUUCCUGUGGUUCCGUUCUCCCUUGAAGGCGAUGAGGCACAUUGUCUGGCGCAAGUACAAGUGGUGGCUUAUCUGCACGUUGCUCCUGGUGAUACCAGUAAUCUUCCUCGUAGCUCUCCUGCACGCGAUUCCCAAUGCUCUAGCAAACUUUUUGUUGCAGUCCACCAGAUACCACAGGAAGAAAAAGUGAGGAGAGAGAGAGAGAGGCCAUCUGGAGUCGGAAGGCAUCCAGCCUCGUGGUCGAGGGUGGGGGGUUGCUCGGCACGGCGGUAACAGAAAGGGAGAAGCUCAUUCCACGCUGCGGCUUACUUUGGCGUUGACAGUAGCUGGCCACGUGCCUGCCUUUAUGUGUGUGUAUGUGUGCGUGCGUGCGUGUGCCAGAGAUGCAGGCCUCAAGAGGGGUAAAACAGAGUCCUGCGUUUGUGGGUGGAACAUUCCGGAGAAGGCUUGCCUGAACUAAAGAAAGAAAAAGCCUCCUUUGUGUUCCAUGCCGGACUCGCGUCGAUGAACCCAAAAUUGAACGCUUUAUGGAAGGCUUUGAGGAAUCAGGGCUUUGGAAACUUGUAAUGUCGGAUUUCCACUUGCAGCCCAUCUGAGAGUUUCCCGUUUACUUGCAUGUUUUUUUCCCAAAAAAAAAACUGUUUUUAAAAGGGGACCUUUGUUUCUUUUUCCAAAGAAUUUGUCGCGAUGACAUAUACAAAAAAUAUUUUUUACUUGUUAAAUAUGUAUCAGCCCACUGUAAAUAAAAUGCAAAGAUGCUGUUA